GAUUUUCCCUUUUUGAUCACUCGAAAAGGGUAUCUAUGGAUUUUUUUAAUUCUGUUUUUUGCAUUUUAGCUACCAGUCCACUGAUAUCUGGAGGCUGUAAUUUCAUUAAAAUGUGUAUUGAGUCUUGUUAAAGACUUGAUUUUUAUGCUGCUUCAGUUUCAGUAGGAUGUUAUAUCCUAAUUAUGUACUGAUUUUAGUUCAAGACUUGAUCUUUAUGCUGCUUUAGUUUCAGUAGGCUGUGAUAUUCUAAUUAUGUAAUGUUUGUAGUUAAAGAAUUGAUUUUUAUGUAGGUUGUUAUAUUCUAUGUACUGAUUUUUUGUUUAAGACUUGAUUUUUAUGCUACUUCUGUUUCAAUGGGCUGUUAUAUCUUAAUUAUGUAAUGAUUUUGGUUAAAGAAUUGAUUUUUAUGCUGAUUCUUGAUUAUGGGUGAAAAGGGUCUCUUCUUAACCACUGUAAAAGGGUAUCUGUGGGAUUUUAUUUUAUUUCUUUUGCAUUUUUAUCUACCAGUCCACUAAUAUCUGGAGGCUGUAGCUUCAUAAAAAUAUGUGUUUUUUCUUUGUAACCGAGGUACCUGGGCUAGCUUGGGCGCACCUUGUCUAAUUCCACUUGGUGCAUGGCUUACAAUGAAGAAGUUACCUAGUGUCUAUGUCUCCUCUAAAAGCGAAGCUGAGAUCUCGUGGUUCUCAGCUCAUUUCAUUGACUACUGGCUGAGAUGAAAUGACCCGUGUCAUUUGGAAAUUAAUUAAGGAUAAGCUCAUCUUGCCUUUUCUGGAGUUGGAUAUAAAAUACUUCGAUCUUGGACUUCCUCAUCGUGAUGCCACAGAUGAUAAGGUUACAAUUGAAAGCGCUGAGGCUACUUUGAAGUAUAAUGUAGCUAUUAAGUGUGCAACCAUUACUCCAGAUGAGGCUCGUAUGAACGAGUUUAACUUGAAGCAUAUGUGGAAGAGCCCAAAUGGGACAAUUAGGAACAUUUUGAAUGGUACGGUGUUCAGGGAACCAAUCCUCUGCAAAAAUAUCCCGCGACUUGUUCCAAGUUGGUCAAAACCGAUAUGCAUUGGCAGACAUGCUUUUGGUGAUCAAUACCGAGCUACUGAUACAGUGAUUCAAGGAGCUGGAAAACUCAAAUUAGUAUUUGUACCAGAAGGGACAGAUGAAAAGACCGAGUUUGAGGUGUACAACUUCACUGGUGCUGGUGGAGUAGCUCUAUCCAUGUACAACACUGAUGAGUCUAUUUGCUCUUUUGCUGAAGCUUCUAUGAACAUGGCAUACCAAAAGAAAUGGCCACUCUAUCUUAGCACAAAAAAUACCAUCCUUAAGAAAUACGACGGAAGAUUCAAGGACAUAUUCCAGGAAGUUUACGAGUCAAAAUGGAAGUCAAAGUUUGAGGAAGCUGGGAUCUGGUACGAACAUCGCCUCAUUGAUGAUAUGGUUGCUUAUGCUUUAAAAAGUGACGGUGGUUAUGUAUGGGCAUGUAAAAACUAUGAUGGAGAUGUACAGAGUGAUUUCUUAGCACAAGGAUUUGGAUCGCUUGGAUUGAUGACAUCGAUCCUGAUAUGUCCGGAUGGAAAGACCGUGGAAGCAGAAGCAGCCCAUGGAACUGUUACACGCCACUACAGGGUUCAUCAGAAAGGAGGUGAAACCAGCACAAAUAGCAUUGCCUCGAUUUUUGCUUGGACUCGUGGACUUGCACAUAGGGCAAAGUUGGACAACAAUACUGCACUCUUGGAUUUCACCAAGAAACUAGAAGCAGCUUGCAUUGGUGCAGUGGAGAACGGGAAAAUGACAAAAGAUCUAGCACUUAUUAUCCACGGAUCCAAGGUCGCUAGACGUCAAUAUGUGAACACUGGAGAGUUCAUCGAUGCUGUGGCUGAUGAGCUGAAAGCUAGACUUCUAAAAGCAAAGAUAUAAGUGAUAGGUUUCCGCUUAGAGGAGAAUGACAUUUUGCCAGAACUUUGAGGAUCGAUUCAUAUAGACGAUCUGAACUUGUUUGGGAUUAAGGUGUCAGUUGUUGUAUUAUGGCUCUAGUGCAUCAUUAUUCACUAAUCCACACUUAACCCUGGAUUAGUGUGUGUUCUUGUUCCCCUCAUUGAUCCAUGUGGAAAAUAAACUUUGAAUUUUCAGAUGAUUUUUUAUGCAAAAUAAAAUUAGUGUAUAAUGUUUCAUAUUUGCCAUUUGUAUCUAGAAUGUCAUUAGUUAUUAGUAAACUGUCCUAAGUGGUUCCUAGGCAAGUUGAUUUAAGUUGUACCAACAACAACUAUAAAGUCGAUAAUAUAUUCCGUGAAAUUCUAUUUA